UGUUUGCUAACCGCCAAUAAAAACAACGAGGAAGAAGAAGAAGAAGCAGAAGAAGACGGUGCUCUAAAAAUGGCGGAGUCGGAGGAGGAGGUAGACGUCUUGGUCCAGAGAGUUGUCAAAGACAUCGCGAAUGCAUUCAAGAAGAACCCCAGCAUUGAUGAGAUCGGUGUGAUCCUGUGUCCAGAGGCACGCUACAACCGCAGUCCCAUAGUGCUGGUGGAGAACAAGCUUGGUGUGGAAAGCUGGUGUGUUAAAUUCCUGCUGCCGUACGUCCACAACAAGCUGCUGCUGUACCGCCAACGCAAGCACUGGCUGGACAGAGAAGCUUUAGUGGAUAUCACCUGCACGCUGCUGCUGCUGAACCCAGACUUCACCACUGCGUGGAAUGUCAGGAAGGAGUUACUGCAGUGUGGAGUCCUUAACCCAGAGAAGGACCUCUACCUGGGCAAGCUGGCUUUGACCAAAUUUCCCAAGAGCCCAGAGACCUGGAUACAUCGACGCUGGGUGCUGCAGCAGGUCCUGAAUCAGGUCUCUACUUUGGACCACAAUAAGAAUCAGCAGCAGGCUGAGGCAGUGCAGGCUGACGCUGAGAGGAACGAGCAGCUCAGUGACCGCUUGGCCAGGACGCUCCGCCAAGAGAUGAAGGUGUGCUCUGAUGCAGCCGGCCGCUAUCCCAGCAACUACAAUGCCUGGUCACACCGCAUCUGGGUGCUGCAGCAUAUGGCCAGGGGCAAUGUCAAGGUGUUGCAUGAUGAGCUGUCCUCUAUGCGCGUCUGGGUGUCCAUGCAUGUCUCUGACCACAGUGGCUUCCACUACCGCCAGUUCCUCCUUAAGGAGCUAAUAGCUGAAAUCUGCAAGAGGCCAGCUCACACCUCCACCAGCUGUUCGCCCCAGCGUGGGUGCAGCACAGUCCCAGAGGGCAGUCCCUGCCCACACAGCUGCUCUCACAGUAAUGGAGAGCCUUCAGGACAGGAGGCGGGCGGCGAGGAAGACAGCCACGCUGACUUCACUACAGUCCUUCAACUCUUCCACCAGGAGAUGGACCUUUGCUCAGACCUGAUCCAGUCCUUCCCUGGACAUGAAACACUCUGGAGUCACAGGCGGCAUGUCUUUUAUUUGUGGGACCAGUGGGUGAGGGAGCAUCAGCAUUCCUGCAGCAGAGGAUCGGACUGCAAGUUAAUCCAUCUGACGGAUCCAGACCCAGGAGUGCCAGAGAUCAGCUCUCAGAGCUGUGCAGGCCAGGGCCACGGUGUGAACGGACAGAAGCAUGCUAGUGAACCUAUGGAAGUAGAUGGGCUGUUCCUGCCAGACCCUCACAAUAGUAAGAGACUGAAGAGAGGCGUCCUGCUGCCUUGCCCCCCCACCCUGCCUACUGAACUCAGUUUUGUAAGCAGUGUUUUGGGCGGCUGCUGUAACACCGAGCAGAGACACUUCGCCCUGGCCUACAGGAAGUGGUUGGAUACAGUCAUUGGGCUGCAGUCCUGAGAGAGAUGCUGACCUCCUUCUUUCUCCACACUGAAGCUGCCUACAGACAAAGAUUUAGGAUCAGCUUGCCUACAGAUAGUGCAGACUUCAAUAACCAGUACUUCAAAGCCAGUGAUGAGUUUAGAAAGCGGUCAUUGAGCAGCCGACUUGGAAUCUGUUUCCUAACAAUUAACAGAGGACUGAAUGUUCUUAGAAACAUCUGGAGCCUCUGGAGCUUCGUCUGAGCCAGUAUCCCUUCAGAAUGGAAAUCAGCCCUCAUACAACCUGUUGGCUCACUGUUAUCUUCAGGUGUUUCAAUACCUCAGGUACCUCAGAUUUCUAGUUGUUUGUAUGUGUGUGAGGUUUCAUGUGCAUUCUUCUUUUCCUUCUCUCUAUAUAUUAAACAAACAAACAUAAAUCCAGUUAUUUUCUGAUUGGGGGUUGGAAUCAGUCACUUACACUUUCACCCUGAAUGCUGAAGCUCACCACAUGACAGUGUAACCACUUUAUACACGUGUAAGGUUCUGUGUAGGCACGAGUUUGUUGCAUCAUUGGACACAACUAAAGUCCAAAAAUACUUUGCAGCAUAUUGAAGUGUCCUGGGACUGAACUGGACUCUGGCACCUCGUCUGCGCUUCGGCUUUCAGCCUGUAUAAACAUGAAGUCUGCAUAAGACGUGCUGGUGAAAUGGUCUUUAAUAGACACAUACACAGAGACGUCUGUGAAGCAAACAGUAAGCAGUGACUUCAGCAGGUAUGAAGCUGCUCGUCUGCUGAUGAGCUGCAGAACCUUCAGGUUUGUUUUGGCCUGCUGCAGGUUAAUGACUUCUUAUAUCAGAUUAUCACUGCAUCACUUUUCUGUCUUAGCUCUACUUUAUAUUAGACUUCCCUCAGUCAUCGGGUAAUACUGACCUGAGCGUCAGUAACGGCAGGUUUAAAGCACAGCGCCUGACUCUGGAUUUCCAUUCUGAAGGUGGUAACACGUGUUAAACAUGUUACUACUCUUGGUUGAUUUUCUACCCUUUAACUUCACUGAUUAUAGUCAGCAGCUGUCUUUGUAGCUGAUGCAAAGUUAGAGUAACAGGAAACCAAAAAGCCAGUCGGUUAUAGAGAAGUUGUUUGAUUUUGUGUUCAUAGGUCAUCACAAACUCUCCUCCAACCUGAGCAGUAAUGAACAACAUUUAUUGGUCCAGAUGUUUGACUUUGGACGUUUGUCGAUCUGUAGCAGAACAUUCACCGGUGCUCCCUGCUGCUGCUGUUACAACAGUUUGAUUUGUUACAGCUAGAAACUGUGCAACAAAUGAAAAUUAAACAGCACUUUUAAAAUGAUUGGUGUAGUUUUGUUUAGCGAGGGUAAUCGGUCUACACCAGGGGUGUCAAACUCGCGGUCCAGGGGCCGCAGGGGCCCGUAUACUGAUGUGAAGAAACAUAAUGCAGUUUAAAAUAAAAAGCACAAAAUGAUUGAAUAUGAAGACGACGUGAGCAGAGAGCACAAACAUGCUGAGGCUGUGUCCGUGACAGACACACACUAAUGCGUGCACUUAUUUAUUCUGUUAAACAUGAACACGUGUGUGCACAGACAGAGGAGCAGUGUGUUUGUUUGAAAGGCUUCAGUUAGUUAACUUUGCUGUUUUGUCUUAUACAAGAUUUGAAAUUUAAAAAAACAAAACAUUUUAGGAAAUGUUUGUUUGUUUGUUUUGUUCUACUUGAACACUAACGUGUCCUCCAAUGAGACGGCAGUGCCAGCAGUGGCUCUCAGCUCGUUUCAGUUUGACCCCCCUGAUCUAGACCAAAAGAUUGGUAUUAUUUUUUUUUUUUUUUUUUUCCACGUUGUCGUUUUUACAUGAGUGCCUCAUUUAAAACAGUUUUAAAGUUUCUAGGAACUUUAACUUGUCCUAAAGACUUUUUAAAGGCAUUUCCUGAAAGUAUUAUGACUGAAGGAAGUGGACAGGUACAGUCUCACAUGUACUCACACCUGCAGGAGGCCAGUUUUAAGCUCACAGAAUUACACAGUGUAUAUGAUUGUUUUUGUUUGAUAGCAUUCAGACUUUUAACAUGAAUGAAAUCAAAAAGCUAAAUGACCAUAUAAACACACACGACUGCUACAGAUGUUCAGGUUUGUCAUCGUUACCUUCCACUCCGUCGAUGUCCUUUCUCCUCCAGCUAAACUUUAUUUCUUUUAUGUUAGUUAUGAAAAUACAGGUUUGUGUGAAGCAGAAAUGAUGAGAGUGACAUUUACAUCUGAUGCAUUUACAGAAGCUGCCUGAUUUGUAGUGUCAGUGUGAUCUUGACCAGCAGCUACGUUUGCUUUUUAACAUCUACCUGGUGACAUUGGUUAAUGGGCAGCGAGUUAAAGGCUCUCCACUUUUCACUGACAUGUUGACCAAGUAUAACACAUUCUUCUUCUUCUUCUUCUUCUUCUUCUUCUUCUGUUUCUUUUGUCCAUCAAAGUUUUUGUUUUAUGUGUUUUUAAUGUAUAACAAGAGUUACUGUUACUCUAACACGUCAUCAUUUUCAGAACCGCACCUCGCAAACAGCUGGAAACUUUUGGCGUACGCGCUCAUGUUUGGCAACACUUUAGAAAACACCUGCUUGGACUGACUGACAGAGCUCUGCUACACAGCUACAUAGAAGGAAGUAACAUAAUACAUCUGUUUAAAGGAAUAAUCAGUAACACUACUUUAGCAGCUCCUGGGAGUGAUGGUUUAUGCUACUAUGCCUCGUCUUUUAUUGUGAAGGGACUAAUCCUGAAUGUGUAUCUGUCAAACCUGAUUUCUGUUUUCCUUUUGUAAACGUUGCAGUUUGAUCAACAAUCUUAUUUUUCUUGUCUAUCCAGUAUUGUCAUAGUUUAUGGUCACCGUAGCAACCAUAAACUUUUGUGUCAAGGCCAAAUAGCUUCAAUUUACACAGCUGAUGUUAUUACUUUUUUAAAGGUCAGGUCUCCAAUUGGACUGUUGUUAGCACAUUAGCAUAACGCUGGAUGGAAAAGGUCUGUGGCCAAAGUGUGUGUGUGUGUGUGUGUGUGUGAGAUCACCUCUAAACACUGUACAUAAUCACAUCAUUAAUUAUCUCAAAGCUUUUUUUCUUCUGUCACGUACUCUGUCGUUUCUUAAGGAGGAAUGGGUUUUAUCAUAUCAGACUGUACGCUGAACUGCUGACACAGGCUUUGAAUCCAAGACUAUCUAUGCAGAAAUGUUUGUUUUAGAAGUUCAACCUGCUCCUUUUAUUUUGUUGUGGUAUUCCCUAAUGAAUAAUCCUUGUGAUCUUAAUUACUAUUUAUUUCAGGAGUGAAAGUAUAUUCUCUUCUAGUGCUUCUGUCAUCUGCUAAACAAGAUAAUAAAGCUCAUCUCUUCAUGUCCACUGAA